AUGGAAUAUCCAAUGAACGAUCCCACUGUCGCUUUGCUGCGUGACGUUUUUGGAGCCAAGAGACAACUCAUCCUACGCAUGGUGGAAUCUGAUGACAGCCUCGAGCCCUUUCUCAUUGGACCAACCUUUUGUGCCAGCCACCGUCAGCUCCUCAUAUCGGUUUUCACGACAUCGACGACGGUUCUGCAAGACGCGUUACUGGCAUCGUCGACGGCUUGGAUGGAUGAUAUGUCGAUGGAGCCGUGCGACGCCUAUCAAAAGGCCUCGUCCGCGCUUAGCAAGCUCUCCGCGCUGGAAGUCAAGAAUCAGGACGAUGCAACCACGUGUUUAACACUUGGCGCCCUCAUACACACCUUUGCGCUCAAGUUGCGGGUGGGAGACAUCUACCUUAUUUGCUCAGAGGCUCUUGGACGCAUCAAGCCGAUAUACGAGUCGGAACAUUAUUCCGAUUCUCCAAGUUUCUUCAUGUUGACGUGCAUGGUAGCCCACGAAAUAUUGGAAUGCUUGGUACGAUGUUGCAGACCCAUGUUGCGAUAUAAACCGUCGGUUGACCCAACUCGUGUUGACCGUUUCGUGGGAUUGAGUGGGACGUUGCUGCCACUGCUGCAAGACAUCUGUGAGCUGAACGCUGCCUUGUCCUGCGUGGACAGGACCGGCGGCGCGGAAGUCAAUGCUGCGCUUUUGUCCGUGGAACAGGCCGUGAUGGACUGGUUUCCCCCUGUGCCAUCUGGGUUCACAUCGCUAUUCACCUCGAUGGAAACAACUCACAUGCUCUGCCAGGCACGGGUGACGCGAAUGGCGGCGCUGAUGAUUAUACAUCGACUACGGCAUCCUUUUGGCCGGGAGACUGGGUCUGCAUUGGCAAUGGCAUCCACCAUCAUGCACGAGUUGGAAAUUACACAGCAAAUUACUGGCAAACAGGCCAAAUGCGUUGACCUGGCCAUCCUAGUAGCAUGUCUCGAGUUUGAGGGCAACAGUAGAGAUUCAUGGAUACACAAGACUGAGCGGUUACUCGGCUACUCCAUGGAGUACAAAGCAAGGAUUCAAGGCAUCAUCAAAUCUUUCUGGGCAGCCAAAGAUCGUGGGCAAGACCUAUUUUGGUAUGACCUGAGCACAGUUGCUUGA